AUGUCUAUUACAGAAGAACAAAAAUCUAUUAUCAAAUCAACUGCACCUAUUUUAAAAGAAAAUGGAAAAGAAAUAGCAUCAAUAUUUUAUAAACGAAUGUUUGAAAAUCAUCCGGAAUUAUUAGAUAUAUUUAAUCAAACAAAUCAAAAAAUAGGAACACAACCAUUAGCAUUAGCCAAUACAAUUUAUUUUGCUGCUGAAAAUAUUGAUAAUUUAGAAGCAAUUAUGCCAGUAAUAAAACAUAUUACACAUAAACAUCGAGCAUUAACUAUUCAACCUGAACAUUAUCCUAUUGUUGGAAAAUAUUUACUUUUAGCAAUAAAACAAUUCUUAGGUGAAAAAUCAACACAAGAUAUUUUAGAUGCAUGGGCAGCUGCUUAUGAUAUUAUUGCAAAUAUAUUUAUUGACUUAGAAAAAAAAUUAUAUGAUGAACUUGGUCCAAAUGAAGAAGAUAAAGGUUUUGUUCCAUUAUAUAUUGUUAAAAAAGAAGUUAUUGCACAUGAAUCAAUAGUUGCAUUAACAUUAGAACGUUCUGAACAUGGAAAAAUGUUUAAUUUUCAUGUUGGACAAUAUUUAACAAUUCGUAUAAAAAAAGAUGGAAAUUUUCAUAAUCGACAUUAUAGUCUUACUCGACCAUUUGAUGGUAAAAGUUAUUCAAUUGCUAUUCAAAUUCAAAAUAUGAAUGAAAUUAAAGGUAUUGUUUCAAAUGAAAUAAUAAAUAAUUAUAACAUAGGUGAUACAAUAUUAGCAAGUUUUCCAGCUGGAACAUUUCAAUUAGUUGAAAAUGGUAAACAUCAUUUAUUUAUUGGAGGUGGAGUUGGCAUAACAGUUCUUUCAUCCAUGAUUCAUGAAUUAAAUAAUCAAGGAAAAUCAAAUGAUGCAAUUUUAAUUCAUUGUGUACAGUCAGAAGACUAUGCAGCUUUUAAUAAUGAACUUAAAGCAAUACUUCCACAAGGUCAUUAUCAAUUCUUUUGUGAAGGUCAACGGUUAGAAAAAUAUAAUUUAGCAAAAGUAUUAAAAUCAGAUACACAAGUAUAUAUAUGCGGUUCGGUACCAUUUAUGGAUAAAAUUGAAAGUUUAUUAGUUGAAUGUGGUCAUCCAUCAUCCCAAAUUCAUGUUAAAGCAUUUCAACCAACACUUAGUACAACCAAAGAUGCAGUCAACGAUGAAGCAGAAACAAAAGUAUUAUAA